AUUUUGUUUGCCCUUCUUGGGGUGUGUGCUGCCAAAUAUACCACGAUGUACGACAACAUUGAUAUUGAACAGAUUUUGAGAACACAGAGGUUGCUGAAAAGAUACGUGGAUUGUUUGAAAGGCAUUCCUAACACUUGCACCAAGGAAGGACUCAAAUUGAAAGAGUUACUGCCAGAUGCAUUGCUCCACAAUUGUAAAGAAUGCAGUGAUAAUCAGAAGAAGGGAAUUACGAGAGUUUCCAUCUACUUGAUGAACUGUCACCCGAAGUGGUGGUCCGAUCUUGAGAAAAUUCACGACCCACAGGGUUCAUACAAGGCCAGUUAUCAGGACACUUUGAAGGCUCAAGGUGCAUCAACACCAAAGGAAACCAAGUGCUAUCAUUGAUAUUCCC